AUGUCACUACGAGGACUAGUUAUUGGUCCAACUCAGAUGUUGGUAGAAAGUGUAUUGAGGAGAAUUAAUGAAAAUCUUCUUGAUUACUUCAUUAAUUUACCUGAGAGUAUUUGGCUAAGUGGUUUUUUGGAUCAAGUUCAUUUAAAAGAUGUAAUGUUUAAUACUCGUGCAUUUUCAAAUGAAUGGUACUCACUUGAUAUUCCAUUUCGUUUGAAAUAUGGACAUAUUGGUAGAGCUAAUAUUCAAGUACUUUUUGCUCAUUCUAAAUUAAUUGUUGAAGUAGAAAAUAUGGUUAUAAUUGUAGGACCAAAUUUGGCAUAUAAAUCAUAUACAGAUGUAAUUCAAAGCACAAUAGACAAAGUGGCAAGUCAUAUAGAGCAAUUUAGACAAAUUCAGACAAUGAGAAGAAAUAAAGAUGACAAUGAGGAUACUAGUAGCUCAGAUGAAAGUAAAGAAACCUUAAAUUAUAAAAAUUCAGAAGUUAAGCAUAUACCAAAUGAUAUAGAAGAAUCUAACACAACCAAUAAAGAAGGUUUAAAUACUUUAUUACGUUGGUUAUUUCGUUAUGUACCAGACUUAUCAUUUACUAUUAGAAAUCUGUAUAUCCGAUAUGAAGAUGAUAUAUUGGACUCAUCUCAUCCUGUAGCUGGUGGAGUACAUAUUAAUUCAGUAGUAAUUAAUCCUGCAAGAAGUUGUUGGGAUUUAGAAUGGCCUUCAGAUACGAAUGAUAAUGUAAUGUUUGUUUCUCAUAGUAGUGACUUUUCAAACAAAAGUAAUAAGACGAUAAACUCUUCAAAUAAUGUGAAUUCGAGUGAUAGCCCACAAAUAGAUGCCUCAUCUACUCCACAAUGUAAUUCUAAGGACAAGAGCAGUUCAAAUAUAGACCCUCGAGGGAUUUUUAAUUUGAAGAUUAGAACAUGUGGAGUAUUUUGGGAUGAUGACUCAGCUCCCUUUAUCCCUAUGUCAUUACUUGAGGAAACAGAAGCCUCUGAUAUAAAAUAUGGUGUUUUUUCUGCAAUAACUACAGAUGAUAUGCAGAACAUAGUUAAUAAAAAUUUGAGUUAUCAUACAUGGGUCAUUUCUAACUUAAAUAUAUCAUCACAGUUUGGCUUCGUAGAUCCAAAAAAUAUAAAAUCACCUGAUAAUUUGAAAGAUAUAGAACUAAAUACUAAAUCAAAACUAGAUCAUUUAUCACAAAGUUCAUUUUAUAAUUCGUCUAAAUCUCAUAUAAUGGAUAAUUAUUCAUUACCAAAUAUGAUAACAAUACUUAACGUAAAUAUUCAUAAUGGUCUAAUCAUCAAUAUUUAUCCUCAUUUAGUACAUGGAAUUGUAAGGCUUUUGACUUCUUGUAAUCAAUUCUAUACAUGGACUCAAGUUCGGAGAUUUCGCCCUAUAAAACGACCUACUAAUGGUGUAAAUGCUGAUGACACAAGGAAAAUAUGCUGUGAAUGGUGGAGAUUUAUUCUUCGGUACUACCGUUAUGUGCGUAAAGAAGAAAGUGGAUUUAAUAAUCUAAAAGAUGAAAUUAAUUAUAGAAUAGAAAGGAAGCGUUAUAUAAAGAUUAUAAAACGCUGGAAAUGGAUUGAAUUAAUUGUAAAUGGUACCAAACCAAUAUCUGAUUCUGGCAGAAUCACAUCUAUCAGUUCUUUUAAUCUUGAAUCUGGAGAUGUAGUUAUGCCUAAUAAUACUGGAAAUAAUAUUAAAAACACUUUUGUCCAAUUUUCCAAUGGUACAUCAUCAGAAAUAUGUUUAUGUGAAUAUUGGCGUUAUGAAUUAAAAGUUUUACAACUUUUGGCUAUCAGAAGUGAGGAUAUUAAUUUUAUAUUGACAGUAUUGCAGCAUCAACCAUAUUGGACUAUAGCUCAGUGGCAUAUAUUGGCAGAAAGAGAAUUUGAAGUUGAAUUUGCUCUAAGUCAAAAUAAUAAUAUCCAAAAUACACCAAAUAGUAAAAAACGUUCUAAAAGUAUAUCUGACAAUCUAACACUAGUUGCUUUUGGUCUACAUACUCAAAAAGACACUAUUUUGUGGGAUCUUGUUGACCAGUUAAAAUAUAGUUUGUCAAAGUGCAUACUAGAAACUUCAGAAUUUCAUUCAAAUAUUAAUCACAAUAUAAAGUCAUCAAAAUUUAGUGGUUCAUUUACUACAAAUGCUCCAAUAAAUUCUUCAUCUUAUCCUGGUAUAGCUGAAUUAAAUAUUUUUUUAUUACAGAACAAGGAAUAUCAUCCUUAUAUCUUGUAUGGUGAAAAUAUUUUACCAUUUGAAACUAAUGAUAUAUUAAUUGACUUCUUUGGUAGUAAUUCACAGAAAUUUGCAAAUAACGAUGAAAUUUGUAAAAAGCAUGAAGAUUCUAAUAUUUAUCAAAUAAAUUAUAAGACAAAUUCAUCAUAUUGUAAAAAGACUUUAUGGCAUCCAAUUCGUUUAAGAUUGCAUUUGUGGGGACGUUUUUAUGAUGAGUACUUCGAUGCUUUUCCAUUAUCUUUGUCACAAACAAUGGAAUUCAAACAGCUCAUCCAAUUCAGUCAUUUCCUUGAUUUUCAACAAAUUAAUGCAAUAGCAUUUGUUGAAUAUGAUAGCACAUUUACACUAUCAGCAAGCAGUUCGUUUGAUUUAGUUUCAUUAGCAGCUGUUGCUUCCACUAGUUCAGAUACAUUUAGAACUCGAAAUAAACUUGUAAUAACUCCUGCUAAACAUAAAGUUUUAAAUACAAAUAUGAAUAGUUCUUUGGAUAAUAUGCUCCAUGAUCAUAAAUUUGAAAAUUACCUUAUAAAUGAAGAUGAAAAUUUUAGACCAUUUGAAUUUGAGAAGCAACUAACUGAAUUUUACAAAGAAUCUUUAAAUUUUCCAGAAAGUUUAAAUAAAAUGGCAGAAGAAGGUUUUCAACUUCCAAAAAUACUACAAAAUAGACUUAUUAGUAUUUGUAUUCCAAAAUUUGAGAUAAAUUUGUGUCAUUUGGUUCAAGAUAAUAUAAAUGGCAAAAAUCUUCUAUUAGAUACCCAAGCUCAGGAUACUAAUAAAUAUCCAGGUAUAUUAUCAAGUUUUUUAGCUCAAAGUAGAAGCUCACUAUCAAAUUCUACUCAGUUAAUAAUCUCAUUUACACCAAGAAAACUCUUUGGAAUUGUUUUUAACUCUUUAGCUUUUAAAAUAAAUACUUUUAAUACAGUAAGGAUAAACUGCUAUUUAAGGAAAGUGGAUCUAGUUACUUGGAAUCACAGUGAUAGCCAUAUCUUUACAUCUUUGGUAGAAUACAUGAGCAAAGAAGGAAACUUAGCUGAGAAAAUGGUAAAUGAAAAUUCUAUAUCGUUAAUAUCUAUAGGACUAGAUAAGGUCUCAAACUUGACAGAGAAUCUUGAAUAUAGUACAAAAAAUAAAAGUGUUUUAGAUGAGAAGAAUAUAAAUAAUAUAGACUCUGAAACCCUAAUAUCAGCUGAUUCAAGAAAAUUAAAAAAUUGUGAAUUAUCUGAACAAAAUGAUAAGUUUGAAAUAAGUGGUAACUCACAGUUGAAAGACUUGGAAGAAUCUACAAAUGUAAAUGAUGCACUUUCUCCAACUUUCCAACCUUUAGUUUCGACACCAAUAAGAAAAGUUAAAUUUGAAGAACCAUCAUCAAGUGCACAAUCAAAGUAUUGUGACUCCAAUAAUUUGACUCCUCAUGAGACAAUCAAAACAAAUUACUCAAAAACUAUUUCUAAAAAAGUGAGAAAAUGGAAUUAUUUCAAUUUGGUUAUGCUUCCUCCUGCUUCUAAAGUGGAUCAAAAAAUAUUAUCUUCAUCAAGGUCUAAUACUACAUUCUCACUAAGGUUACCCUUUUAUUUAAAAGUAGAUUUGCAAAUUAUGGAUAUGUCUAUAGUUUUCAAUGAUGAAUUACUAGAUUGUCUGCGUGCAGAAAUAUUAAAAUUACUCCAGGUAUAUUCGUGUACUCAGUGGAGCCAAUAUAAGGGUUUUGGUACAUUUCCUAUAUCUAAGAAAGGAAAACAAGCUACUCAAAGUAGUGGACAAGAUGGUAAUCUUAUAUUAUGCCCACCAUUUAGACUUAUAUCCAAUCUAUCUUUACAAGGUGAGAAUUUUGAAUGGCAAAUUCAACGUUGGAGUUACCUCGACCAAUUACUGAACAAGAUACAUAUAAGAAUAUCUAUUAAAUUACCACGUAUUGACUUAGUUAUGUUAAAUAAUGUAAAUAUAUCAUCUUCUACACUCUUAAUUGAAUUAGUACCAUCAUUUCAUCUGACAAUUGAACCACAAAUAAUAUUAUUGGGGACUAUACUUGAUAAAUUUGACAAAAAGUAUAAUCGUUUGUAUUUUCGCGGAUCCCAAGUUAAGUUUGAUACUCUUCAAUCUCUUUCAAAUGUAAUACAAUUAUAUACAAGAAUUAAAAAUAUUAUAAUUAGUCGGUAUAAUGAUAUUAUACAAUUAUUUGAAGUAUUUAAUUAUGAAAAGUUUGAGAAUAUACCAAGACAUUCUUUAGCAUACUUUACUAAAGAAGUACUCAAAUUACAAUCCCAACCAUUACUGGAUACUAAUGAAAUACCUUUAAAAGAAUUCUCAUUAAGUGUAGAAGCUGAUUAUAUUAAUCAAUCUAGCCCAUCUUUAAAUAUUACCAAUAUUGAAGAAUUUAGUUAUUCAACAACUAAUAUUAAUGAUGACAAACAGCAGUAUAAUGAUUGCACUGAAGAAGCUAAACAAUCACAAGUUAAUAUUGACAAUUCUAAUAAUACUGGUGAACAUUUGAAAAAUAAUCAAACUAUUGAAAAAUCAAGUGAAAUAUCGUCAAAUAUUGAAAAAAGUGAAAGAAAUGACUUUCCAGUAUUAAAUGUCUCCAAUUUAAGUGAUACAAAAUUUUCUAGCAUUGGAAAAGAUUUAAUAUGGGAUAAUAAUACUAACAAUACAACGAAGAUGACUACCAGUAUUAGUUAUGAUGAUUCUAAAGCUAAUAAUCUUGACUUAACUUUAAACACUCAACCAAUUAAUAUUGAAAAAUUUAAUGUAUACAACAAAGAUAAUUUAUCAUGUAUCGUUAGACCAGUGGAUAUGCAUCCAGAUUUAGAUUCUUCAUUAGCAUUUCAGAAGUAUCAGGUAAAUCCCGAAGUAAGAAUAGCCGAAACUUAUUCAUCAAAGAAGUUAUCAAAUUCUAUUUUAAAAGGUGGUAUCCAAUCUAUAAGUGCUACUUGUGCUUUAUCUCCAAAAUCAGACUUAACACACUAUCCAGGUUUUAAUGAAAAAAAUACCUUUAAUACAACUAAAUCUGAUAUAAACAUGUUACCUAAUGUCAAGAACUACAAUCUUGGCAUUAAAACAUAUAAGCAGCUGAAUACAGAUGUUUCAGAACUUUCUACCUCAAAAAAUUCAUUACCUUUAAUACCUGAAUCAGUUUUAAUAAAUAGUAAUACCCAAGGCAACACUAAAUAUAAUACCAAAACUUUUCAUGGUACAAUUAACUCCAAUUUUCAAAGUAGUGCUAAUAAUUCCAGAAAUUUGGUGAACUCAACUGUAUUUUCAAAUACAGCCUAUCAGAGGUACUCCACUAAUACUACAGUAAAGGGCUAUCUGCUUAAAUCUAAUACAACAAUAAAUCCAAGGAAAUCUCAUAUUACUUUAAGAACUGGUCUUAAUAUUGAAAAACCUAAACAAUAA